AUGGACGAUGAUACGGAUAUCUUCGAUAUAGAUCCCAAGGAAGCGUGGUUGGAAAAAAUCACAAUUGGCGGCUUUAGAAGAUGGCACAUCAUAGCCGCUGUGCUAGGCAUUUUAAUGAGUAUUAUGAUCAUGGUCUGUUGCUGCAUUCGAUUUCGCAUACCACGCACCAAACAGGAAAUCGAAGCCGAUUAUCAACGCAAACAAAUAACCAAAAAGUUUCGCGAGAAAUUGCAACAGAUUAAAAACUCCGAAAUGGAUGAUAUGGAUCUGCAGAAAGCACUUGCUUAUAUCAAAUUGGAACAAUAUGAUGAUCCCUAGGGACUCUCUCUCUCUGUAAAUCUCUCUCAUAUGCAAAACAUCACCAAAAGCACAUGAAAAUUAAACACUAUUGGAAUACAUUUACAAUUCAAUAAUAAUCAUUAUAA